CGCAGCACAGUCGGGAGUCCGAAGAUUACACUUGAAAAGUUGUUGCUUAUGAAAACACACACCUGUGAUUUUAACGCUACCUGUGAUGCAAUUAACAAGCUAAUUACUAAACAGUACGGUACAUUUUUAUGGUGAUUGAUCAAAGUGAUUGUGAGUUCUGCCGCUAAUAACUAAAUGCAAAAUGAUGCACGGUUUGGGAAGCUAACGAGAAGAUGGCGACUUUCGCAUGUUGACACAUGCUGAUAUGACUGUGAACAUUGUAUUUUCUUUUUGUGUAUUCGAGCUGAGCAUUCGUUAAACUGUCUGAAAUAUUUAAGAAAUUGACAUGAAUUUUUCCGAGUUGUUCCGUCAAAGUAGUCAAAUUUGCAAGUUUUCCCCCGACGGAAAGUAUUUGGCAUCUGUGGUUGAAUUUCGCCUUGUGAUCAGAGAUGUGGAUACACUACAGAUACAGAAUCUGUUCACAUGCUUAGACACCAUUCAACAUAUAGAGUGGUCAUCAGAUUCCCAGUUUGUUUUGUGUGGACUAUUCAAAAGGGGUGUAGUACAGGUCUGGUCCAUAGAACAGCCAGAAUGGACAUGCAAGAUAGAUGAAGGUUCAGCUGGACUUUGUUCGGCCAGAUGGAGCCCGGAUGGAAGACAUAUCCUAACAACAGCUGAUUUCUACUUGAGGAUAACUGUUUGGUCCUUAGUAACAAAGUCUGUCUCCUAUAUCCGCUACCCAAAACAGUGCCAGAAACCAUUAGACUACAGCAAUGGAGGGAGGUACAUGGCCCUGGCAGAGAGAAGAGAUUGCAAAGACUUCAUCAGCAUCUUUGCUUGUGACUCCUGGGAGCUUGUAAAACAUUUUGAGACAGAGACAGACGAUCUGGCGGGUAUUGAAUGGUCCCCUGAUGGGCGGGUCCUGGCGGUGUGGGAAUCCCCAAUCACGUACAAGGUUCUCCUGUACACAAUCGAUGGAAGAUGUGCGGUUAAGUUCAGUGCUUAUGAGAAUGCCCUGGGCAUCAAGUCCCUGGCCUGGUCCCCUACGAGCCAGUUCCUGGCAAUCGGCAGCUUCGACGAAAAGGUGAGGAUUUUGAAUCACAUCACCUGGAAAUCAGUAGCUACACACAGCCAUCCUGCUACAGUCAAGGAGGAAGAUGUGGUGGUGUAUAGGGAGACUGAGACUAGAGCCCCUUUACCUCCAGGAAAUGAUGUGGAUGCACCCACAGCAGCCCUCUUUACCCCUCAGAGUAAAUAUGAGGUAGAACACCCUCCAGUCAACAUUCCUAUUGUUAAACCUGACACAAACCGUGCCAAUCCCAAACUAGGGGUAGGCUUGUUAGCCUUCAGCUGUGACUGCAGAUACCUCUACACAAGAAAUGACAAUAUGCCAAAUUCAUUAUGGAUAUGGGAUGUCCAGAAACUCAAGCUGUGUGCUUUGUUGACUCAAGGAGCUGCAAUAAAAUGUGUGGAAUGGGACCCCCUCCAGUCCCGGCUGGCCCUGUGUACCGGUACCAGUAAGAUGUACAUGUGGUCCCCCGCGGGCAGUCUGGCUGUGGAGGUACCAGUAGAAGGAGUAUUCAAUGUUCAUUCCUUGAAGUGGCAUCCUGAUGGUAACACGAUCCUGUUGUUAGGGAAGGAUCAGAUGUGUGUGUGUUACCUGUCUGACCCCGGGACAGAGAAGAGCUAGUCAAGACUGAUCGGUCGUCUCAUUUAAUAAGGAUCCUCAUUGUAACAUUGCGAAAAUGAGCUGGUGUGUGUGUGAGAGACAGUAAUAAAACGUUGGGGAUAAUUUUGUCCAAUAUAAGGCAUAUCAUAGAUGUGAAGUUUAUAUUUACAUAUGGCAUAGUAAGUGAAAUGAGAUAUUUUCUUGUAGCAAAGUAGGAAUGAAUUAGCAAAUUGUGUUUUUUCUGCAUCUUUAUUUACUGUAUAUACUCGCCUAUAAGUCAGAUUUUUAGGAGUUAAACUUUGGUCCAAAACUCUAUGUCCGACUUAUAGGCGAGAUAUAAAUAUAUUGGUAUUUUAGAAGGUCAAUAUUUCUAACAUAAGCUUAAAAAAUACAACCGACUUAUAGGCGGACCGACUUAUAGGCGAGUAUAUACG